AUGUCGUACUACUUCGCCAUCAUAGGCACCAGGGACAACCCGCUCUUUGAGAUUGACUUCGGCACAUCCAAAGGCGGCGCAGAUGGCGCAGCACGAUUUCGAGAUGAAGCCAAACACAUGAACCAAUUCAUCGUUCACGCCGCGCUGGACAUGGUAGAGGAGAUUCAGUGGAACAACAAAGAGCUCUAUCUGAAGAAGGUGGACUCUUUCCAGAACAACCACAUCCACUGCUUGUUGACUGGAGGCAACAUCAAGUUCAUGCUCCUCAUGAACCCAGACCCAACCAGCACGCCGUAUUCAGCUUACCAGACGUCGCCUCCAUCCCGGCCUUCGACAGCUAGGCAGAGUACUCUGCUUGCCAGCAAUCCUACCACGCCGCAGACCGAAGAUGCCGUGCGGCAGUUCAUGCUCGAAGUCUACGAAGCCUGGUUGAAGUGCAUCAUGAAUCCUUUCUACCAGGUCAAUCAAGCCGUCACGAGCCCUGUGUUCCGCAGCCGAGUGGCCACUGCUGCUAAGAAGUACCUAUGA